ACCGGCUGCACCAAUUCACUCGACAGUGUCGUCAUCACAAUGACCGUGAUUAUGCGGGAAGGAUUCGGUUAACAUUAGCUGCCUCGUGUGCGUGAAUGAAACAAAGAUAUUUCUUACCCGAAUCAGGACAUUAAUAGUUGAUCGAUAAUGCCUGUAAACGCCUCUCGGUGCUCGGCUGCAUUUACAGUGAGAAAGGUCAAUUUGCCUGCUUCUCCUAAAUUUAAGUCACUCUCCUAAUAGCGUGGAACUGGUUCUCAACAUCUUCUGCCGUGUUACGUCACUGGGCACGGCUUGGAGCUUCUUAUAAAUCCUCUUUGUAUAUGGACAAUAAAUGCAUCUAAUGCAUUUCCCCUCUGCAUUUUCAUACACUCUGUGUCUGGUGCACUCAAUUAAAUUGCUAUCUUGUAAUGGCAGUGCAAGAUCCUGGCAGGACAACAGGUUUUCCUUGCAAACAAUGUGGCUUGGUAUGUCCCAAUAUGCCCAGUCUGCUCGACCAUAUGGAUGCUCACCUUCAAGAAGAAGAAGAACGCAAAUUUAAAUGUGAUGAAUGUGGACGCGGUUAUAGGCAUGCUGGUAGCCUAGCUAACCACAAAAAGACCCACGAAGUGGGUUCUUUUCAAUGUAACAUCUGCGGUAAAGAUAACUCUAAUGCUUUGGCCCUGAAGAGUCAUCUCCGAAGCCACACUUCACAGAAAAAGUACUCGUGUGAUGAAUGUGGGAAAGCUUUUCGUCUGGCAACACAGCUCGCCACACAUGAGAGGGUUCAUCUUUCCAGGCGAGUAAAAGAGAAGUCAUAUAGGAAGGUAGACAUGGAAUAUCCCACAGAUGAAAUUGAAUCUGAAAAUGAAACAGAAAAUGAAAUUGAAUCUGAAAAUGAAAAUGAUCUCAGUGAGCAGUCAGCCAGUGCCCAGAUAUCAACAGGAAAUAGCCCAGCUGAUGACAAGAUGGAGAUUGUUUAUAAUGCGCAAUCCGAGACCUCUGAUGGUGCAGUAAAUCGACCUUUCAGAUGUGAUUUGUGUGACAAGUCAUACAUACAUUAUCGAAGCCUGACCAAUCAUAAAAAGACUCACCAAGUGGGAAUGUUUGAGUGCACAGUGUGUUUCAAGCUGUUUAAUAACAUGGCUGCUCUCUAUAGCCACCAGAGAACUCACAAGACUAGAAGUGGGACAGAUCCUGAUUCAAUGGGUGGGUCAUACACUGGCACGCCACUGGGCCAGUUUUCACCUCAGAGCCAGGAUGCUCGAGUGAAUUUUUGCCAUUUGUGUCAGGUACUAUUCCCCAAUGAUGAAGAGUUCCAGGAACACAUCCAAAUGCAUAACUCUUCAUCUCUGUCAUUUGGUCUUCAUGAUACCAUGUCAGAGAACCACAAUAUAUCAUAUGACAACAGUAUUGCUUCGCCUGAGUCAAAUUUAUAUGCAUCUCCUAUAAAUAAUGUUCCCUCAAUAUCAUCAGUAGAUAAUCUUGGAGGCUUUGAUCAGCCAAAGGAGCGGAUUAGAAGUAACGGCCACAUGUACUCUGACUGCCCCAAUAAUCAAACACCCCCUUUCAAUAGCACUCAGGGAGAACCCCCAAUCAUAGAUGCAAGCAUUCUCAAUCCUGCCCUGAUGCACACAGAAAACAGUGACGAUGCAACUGAAGCAGAAGAGACUGAAGCUGUAGAUUCUGAUGGGCGUCGUUUCAGGUGCCGAAUCUGCAGUAAAAGCUACCGGCACUCUGGGAGCCUCAUUAACCACAAAAGAUCACAUCAGGUCGGGAUUUACCAAUGUUCCAUCUGCAGAAAGAGCUAUCCUCAUCUAGCUGCCCUAAAAAGUCAUCUUCGUCUCCACAAAGCUCAGUCGGCAUCUUUUGGUCUCAACGGUGAGGGUGACUGGCUCUCCUCAGAGCCUUUGACUCUGGAUAACCAACAGGGCUGCUUCUCCUCUCAAGACGACGAGGAGGAGAAUGGCACUCCUCCUGUGCUUGGUGUGAAUCAGGAGAAUGGAGUUGACCACAGCAAUAGAGAUUCAUACCAUGAGCAGUUUAAACAGGACUUUUCCCAGGAUAUCAUGCAUCUACCUCACAAUGAACACCCAAUGCAGAGGCACAUGUGUGCAGAUUGUGGUGAGACAUUUGCAGAUAUUGCAGGGAUUAAGUCUCACAGUUGCCCAAUGCUACAGCAUCAACAAAACACUACUAGCAGUGACUACGACAGUAAUGUACAUUUCCCGGAAAGUAUUGGCCACUGUGCCAUUGGAAAUCCAGGGAGUAAUGUUGAGUUCCACGGUCUGAAUGGCAGCCAUGAUCAGAGUUACUUUGAUCAGAACUUUCAUGACAAUUUGAGCAUUGAUCAGCUGAAUGGUGACGGAGAAGGUGGUAAUCCUGACGAAGAUGACGAUGAUGAUGGAGAUCUUUGUCAAUGCUCUAUUUGUGGAAACAGCUACACCAGCAUGAGGGCUCUCAGGAGCCAUCUCCGAGGGCACACGCAGUCCCAUGGUACUCCUGCAAGCUCAGGGCCUUCCUCCAUGUCCUCCCACGAAGAAAUGAAAGAAGAUGACCCAGGAGAGAUGAUGAUCUGUAGCACAUGUGGGGAAAGUUUUGCCAAUAGGCAGGACUUGAUCAUUCAUCAGUGUCUACACAAAAACAACCAGGUAGAUAAUGUAAAUCAUGUCAAUAUGAACAACAGUGGUGUAUCUGUAGGAAAAGAGGAAGUGCAGAGUAUAAUUUGUGGCAGCUGUGGCAUCUUCUGCACCAGCUUCCAUCAUCUUGAAAACCACGGUUGCACAGAUGGGAUGGAAGAUUCGACACGCGGUAAGGAGGAAAUUAAAGAAAAUGAUGUUGCCCAGCAUGAAGACAUGGGUCACAACAAAGAAACUUUGGAUGCCGAAGAUCGUCAGUACAAGUGUGAUCAGUGUGGGCGUUCAUACAGACACGCCGGCUCUCUCCUGAACCACAAAAAGUCCCACAAAACGGGUGUAUUCAGAUGCCUCAUCUGCCAGAAGCGCUUCUACAACCUGUUGGCCCUUAAAAACCACCAGAGGUCCCACUUUGACAUUAAGAGGCAUACUUGCCAUGAGUGUGGGAAAGCCUUCAAAAUUCAGAAGCAGCUAUUGAAUCACCUGAGAAGGCACAAAGAGAACCAAGCCAAAAUCCAGGAUCUCAACAACCAGAUCCAGGCUCUCAUGCAGAUGAAUGAAACCAAGUCGGAUGGAGGAACGCAGUCCCCAACUUCAAAUGCCAGUCAGGCUUUUUCCUCCUCUCGACGCUGCAAGCAACUGCGGGGAGCUAAGAGAGGACAAAUAAAGUGUAAGACGGCAGUCAAAUCGGAGGACACAGGGGACCAACGACCUUUUGCCUGUGACCAGUGUGGACGUACAUAUCGCCACGCAGGAAGUCUGGUCAACCACAGAAACUCUCAUAAAACAGGUGAAUAUUACUGUUCCGUUUGUAACAACACUUACUCCAAUCAACUAGCGAUGAAGAACCACUUGCGCACCCACUUUGCAUAUAAAAAGCACUCUUGCCAAAACUGUGGAAAAGGCUUUAGGGGAAAGAAGCAGCUAUUGGGCCACAGUUGUGCAGACCUCAGAAAGGAGGGGACAAGAGGCAAGAGGUGUCUAAAAUCUAGAGCCGUUAAAUGUAAGGAAUGUAAGCAGGCCUUUCUCUCUGUUGACCAACUGACAGCCCACACUUGUGAUGGACAUUCAGGCAGCAGUGAUGCACAAACAAAUGUGUCUUCAAAUAAAGAGGAGCGACCUUUCACGUGCAACAUAUGUAAUCGCAGCUACCGUCACGCAGGCUCACUCCUGAACCACAAAAACACCCACAAGACGGGACACUUCAACUGCUCCUUCUGCUCUAAGCCUUUCACUAACCCAAUGGCUUUACGCAAUCACACACGCAUCCAUACACAGAAGAAAAAGUAUGUGUGUCUCACAUGCGGAAAGGCCUUCCGCCUUGCCAGUAUCCUGCACAACCACCAGAGAGUCCACAAUCGUGUUGCGAGUCAAUUCAACUGUCCUGCAUGUGGAAAGAGCUUCCAAGGCAGGUCUGGCCUGAAGAGGCACCGCUGCCGCAGAGGCCAGGAAAACUCCCCGAGAGCCGGAGUCCAGCAGUCGGAGAGGGGAGACAAGUGCUUCAUGUGUGACCUGUGUGGGCGCUCCUACCGCCAUGCUGGCUCUCUCCUCAACCAUAAAAAGACACACUCCGAAAACCUCCACCACUGUACCUUGUGUCUCCAGACAUUUCCUGAUCCUCUCACUCUACAGAUACACUCCAUGAUGAGGCGUCACUGCUGCCCCGAGUGCGGCAAGACCUUCUGUCUGGUCGCACACCUUCAGAGCCACAUGGAGGUGCACUCAAAGGACCAGUCUGUGGUCUGCAGCCCUUGCCAGCAGAGCUUUCCCAACACAGCUAGCUACCAGCAGCACCAGGACAUGCACCACGGGGCUCAGGACCCCUAUCAACAAAGCGUGGAUGAACCUGUAGAUAACAGCAUUUGCUGGGACUCAGGAAUAAAUCCGGCCUUGGGGAUCGACGGGAUGCACAAGCAGGUUCCACCGCCUUUGUCCCACAUUCCAGGAAGCAUCACCAAUACACUGAGUAACGAGUCUGCUGGCACAGAGGAGAAGAGCCACGUCUGCGAGCAUUGCGGCCGCACUUACCGCCACGCCGGCUCCCUCCUCAACCACAAGAACAGCCACAAGACGGGCUCCUUCUUCUGCUCCGUCUGCCAGAAAGAAUUCACCAACCUGAUGGCUCUCAAGAACCACCGGCGCAUUCAUACAGAGCCCAAACGCUACCAGUGUCUGGAGUGCGGGAAGGCGUUCCGCGUGUCCACACAGCUCAUAUGUCACCGGCGCAUCCACACCAAAGAGAAGCCCUUCGCCUGCCUGCUGUGCGACAAGAGCUUUUCCAGCAAGUCCAACCUGCGACACCAUCAGAAGAUGCACCAGAACACCCAGACCUACGACUCCUCUUUCAGCAUGGAUGCGGACGCUUUUAUGGACUUGGACAUGGGGUCUUUUCUCUGAAGUCGGAUUCCAAAGCGUACAAAAGAAGAAGACGACAAGCGGCCCUUUUAUUGAUCUGUUGUUCAUCCCUCUAUCAAUAAUUGUAAAACAGUAUUUUUUUUUUCUUCAAAAAAGGACAUGCACUUUUCAUUAGGGACUUCCAGUCUUACCCCCACAACAAAUGGUGACAUCAUUCAAGAGACUCCAGAAGGUUGAUCAGUCAGCUUUUAAUAAGGCCUGAAUGUUUCCCAUGAAUACGCAGGAUCCCACAAUACAGGGCGGCUGAUGGAAAUAUUACUCAGCGUUCAUUCCUGAAUGACAAACCACCCAACCAAAGUGAACAGAAAAGUGCAUCCCAUGUCCAUGUAAGAACAUUAACACUGAUAACGUGUAAGACAGUACUGUUCUAGCAGUGAUCUCUCCUCUCUUACUAUGUAUAAUUGUGUUCAGUGCCUCUGUAAGUUCCUUAGGAAACGAAAUAUACAAACUAUAUUUAUCUCUGAAUCCUUUUGUUAGCUUCGCCGGCAGUGUCAAAGGACUCACUUUCCACAUCGGGCAAGCCUGUUAAGUGAAAUACCUCUGGGUGUGUCAAAGGUCAGUUAUUUUCUGAACUCAUAUUAUCAAGUAAAUAGUUGUACUGUUAAUAAUAUUAAAAUAAAUAGGUUUUUAAUAAUUUAUUCCUGUUAUUUCAUGUGCAUAUUUUACUAGAAAAGCUUUUUAUGAAUGUUGUAAAAAACGUCUUCUAAAACUCAUGUAGCCUUUAAGGAACAUCAUCUGUCAAUUUGUAUUUGCUUAUUAGUUCUUAGUUACAGCAGGCAGGAAUGAAUGAGCCACACAUUACUGGCAGCACUCAGGGUAAACCUUCAAAAGGAGCCGACCUGAUGUGUACAACAUUGUAGAUAAUCCGUUUCUGAACCGAGCAUUUUAUUUUCACUUGUGCCAUUUCAACACUUAUAAUUUAGCUCAUGUAACCUUUGUCAGUGGCCAGUUAGCUGCAGCUCCACGUGCAGUGCAUGUUGUUGGAUUAAGAUUAAUCUGGAAGCCUCAGUUAUGUUGAUGUGCCAGUGCCUACAAUGUAAGUCAAUUGUAGCAGUUAUAUGUGAACAAACCUCCUCUCACUGUACUUGUUGUAAACUGCAAACCACAAUGUUGAUUUAAUAUUUGCCGUGAUUUUUUUCUUUUUUUUUUCUAAAUCUAUCUUCUGAUUUGUGAAUCUCCUCAGCCACAGACAGUUAAAACGUCUUAAAGCAGUCGAUAACAGAAGUAACAGUGAUGUGAAAAUGGUUAAUUUUUGUCUCCAUGAAGUUUCUUCCCCCACAAAUGCUUCAUAUGAAUCAAAUAGAGUGACGAUGUAUUUUCAAUUAAACUAAUAUGUUGGCCAAAUGCCUACUUUCUGCCGAGCACAAACAGACCACGAGGCUUUAUGGAUGUGCACGGACGAACCAGUUUCAUCUUGACUGUCGGGUCCAUGAACCACUUUGUUCCGUAAAAAUGAUCAAUUAUUGUUUCUUUGGGUAAUUCUUUUGCCAUGUUGUCGAACAUGCCAGUUGUUCCUUAAGUGGUUUCUUUUCACAAAUCAGAAAUCUAGCAAAAAGGUUCACAUGGCCCUUGCUUUUUGUAAUGAUCUGAAAUUAGAUUUUCUUCAUGCCGUAUACAUUACAUUUCAUGUAUGAGUAUGUUUGGCACUGGUCAGAAGUAUGAAAUACCUCAUGGGAAGUCCUGCCUACCUAGCAACUACGUAAUGCCUCAUGCAGCUUAAUUGUAGAGAAUACACUGUAACUAUAGAGAUAGUUUUCAAUUGUAAGAUAGAAUGGAUGAAGCAUCAAUUUUAAGGUUUUACUUUGUAGUUUCCAGACGCUGUUUUCUCCAUGAUAUAGUUGUUUCUGCUGCAGUUUGUUGUUUUCAGAGUUAUAUUUGCACAUUUAUAGAUGACACUUGUAGCCGAAGGAGGACCGGAGGUCAAUAAUAAUGCAGCCGACCUGCUGUCGUCUGUCGGUGUCGACGGGCAACAAGUCGGCCGUUCGAUAGUUCACCUCACCUUAGUUUGCGGGUAGUAAUAUUUAAGCAAUACGCUGAAAGUAUUGUUUCAGUGCAUGAACCAAGUACAUCUAAUUGUUUUGUCUUACUUACUUAGUACAGUGCAUCAGAUUCAGUAUACCUACACUAGCCUUGGAAAACCUUGACAACUUGCCAUCGGCCGUUUUCUUACAUUAUUUAAUUAACUGUAAUGAUUAAGAUGAUCUUACGGCAACAUAUUUCCUUAUGCCAUGGUAGCCUACAUAUAAAACGACACGUGUACAUUUGAGUUAAAACUGUAAACUUUUUAUUUUAUUUUAACAAUGUUUCUUUCCAAUCUCCCUGUGGCACUAAACACGUUCACUCUGUUAUUGAUCACGAUCGCAGCCUGGUAUUUGUGGCGUGUGUAAAUCUCAGAGUUCUCUGUAAAUAUUUUACGGUAACUAUCAGUUGGAUCUAUGUACAUUCAGAUUUUCUUCAGCAGGAGAAAACUGCUAUUGUGUAUUAAAAAAGCAUAUACCACAUGUUCUGAUUUAUUUGAAUGCUAAAAAAUGUCUGCUCACUAUUUAGUUCAUAUUUAUAUAACUAUUUUGUCACUGAAACGUAGAUUUGUACUUCUUUGUUAGAACCUAGUUUAAUAAUUAAGCACAUAGAAAUAUAACUAGUUCAAAUUAAUUAAAAGACUUGAAGAAA